AUGACCCGCACAGGUCCCGAGCUUCAAAAAUUCGCGCGGGAGUUCCAUGCCACGCUUUUGGUGGUUAGGAGCCUCAGCCUGAACACGCACGCCGACGGCAGCGUCGCGAGUGCCGCCGCCGUCUCGGCCGGCGGAGGCGGAACGAGUGGGGGCAGCAGCAGCGGCGGUAGCGGUGCCGCCAUGCUGGCGGCGGCGCUGGAUGCGCUCAGCGCCGCGGCGGUAGUGGAAGUCCCUUGGAGCGCCCGCGCCGCCGCCCUGUCGUACGCGCAGACGCUGUGGUUCCGCCAUGCGCCGCUCCUGACUCCGGAGCAGCUCCGGAACCUCCAGGAGGUGGUGGCGGCGCGUCUCCAGGACGCCAAAGCGGAGGUGCGCACGCUGGCGGCCGCUACCUUGUCCGGCCUGCUGCGCGGUACGGCACCAGAAGACGUCACGGCCCUGCGGAACCGCCUGCUGGAAAAGGCCGCCGCGCUGUUCGGUGGCGGCGGCGGUAGCCGCCGCCGCCGCGGUGGUGAUGCCGGGCCCGCUGCUGCUGCCGCCGCCGCCAGCAGUCCCCAGCAGCUUCAGCUCGAGAAACUGGGCUGUGUGGCGGGCUUAUCGGCGCUGCUGAUGUCGUGCCCGUACGACGUGCCGGCAUGGCUGCCGCCGGUGCUGAUGGCGCUGGUGCGCGCUGCCGGCGGCGCAGAGCGCGACGGGGCUAUUCGCGGCGAGGCGGGGAGGGCGCUUGGGGAGUUUCGCCGCACCCACGAGCCGGAGUCGCUGGAGGACCUGCGGGCGAAAAUGGACCCCGAUGACUGGGACAGCUUUACGCAGGCGACGGGUACGGCGUCGUACUUUGCCUAACACAUUGCCGUAUAUUUACAGGACGCUUAAGGGGGCGGACGUGUCGAAUGUGGGUUUUGGUGGCGCGGCGAGGUGAGGUGAGGUAGUGGUGAAAAGCGCAGCGCGGCAGCAGGUAAUUCCGGUUUGAGGAGUACCUGAAGAAUGUACUGUUGUCUGGACCACUCCGUUCAUAACAGUACGGCUGAUAUGUUGUACGGUGGUAAUUGGCUUUGGAGCUGCGAGCUUUUGCGGCUUUUCCUCUCUCCCUGGCGUCGGCUGCGAUGGUAAUGUGUUUGUGUCUGCGAGUCCAUGUCCAUGUCGAUGUCGAUGUCGAUGUCGAUGUCUUGAUGUUGUUGUUGGUGGUGGUGGUAGUGGUGGUGGUGGUAGUGAUGGUGGUGGUGGUGAUAUGAUGCACGUGGAAAGGAUGGAAUACGCAUAUAUAUACGCCUUCAGCAGUUCUUGGGGCUAGAUGCGAGUAGUUCAGUUAGUAUGCACGACACCUCUUAACAUUGUAGUACACGUGUAGUACUGUAGUACUGGUUGGCAAAUAACGGAAAACGCCUCUGGGACUUCAAGAAAGACGGUCGACAUGGCUGUUUGAAAUGCGAUGCAUGCCCGUACGUGUGUGUGUAUGUGUGUGUGUCAAAUGCAUGCAGAUGUCAUGUGCAGGAGAGCAGCAACGAUGCGAUUAUAUGCGCCGCGCUGCAGUCGCACGGGGAAUACGGGGUCGGGGGCGAAAAGGAGGGGAGUAGGCAUGCACCUUCUGUUGGGAGGUGGGGACAGCGUCAUUCCGACAGAGCAUUUUGCAACUCUUGCUGCUUCUCCUAUUUUUUUUCGUUCCGCUGCAAUGUUCUCAUUCUCUGUGGCAUUCCUGUUGUCGUACAUGCUGCGGUUGCGUUUGGCAGCGAUAGGCGACAGCGUUCUUCUGCAGGUCGUCAGAGCGCUGUGCAUUCCACACUGCAACGUGUGGGUCGUUGUGCGCUCUCAGCGAUACGUGGGGUGACAUUAAACGGGUGAAAUUUUGGGGUGAAAAUUUGGGUGGUUUUUUACCGUUCCGUGCAACCCCCCGGACGGGGACAUCAGUAUCACCCCGCGGCAUCAACCAUAUAUUCACCCCAGGCAGGCAGGCAGGCAGGCACGCCGCACAUCACUUUACAUGUAACCGUUCAACACG